CCGUAUCACUAAUAUCAUUAUCAUUCUCAUCUUUCUAAAAAGCCUUAAGUUCUUUUCUUCGGUGUCAUCGAAAGUAUCAUUAUUUCAAGUUUUCUCCGUUUGCGUAGGUGGCACUGAGGUAUUGUUCCAUACUUCGUCUCAUUCUCAAACUUAAGGCACCGUGCCUACACCACAUUUUUUUCUCGUUCUCUUUUGCAUUGUGCUGUCAAGCUAACAACAUAUCUGUAUCACUAUAUAACACAUUUUCUCGUCUCAUUAAUCUCUCAAAAGCAAAAUAUCAUUUCAAGUUGUUUUAUACCUAUCGUGUCAAGCUGUUCCUGUAUUGUUUGUAUCUGCCCUAAUCAGGUGAUUCAUAUUUGUGUUAAAUUUCACCUUGUCGUUGUAAGUCGUUCGUCUAAGUUGGUUACCCAUUGGUCACACGUCUUCGGGAUUGUCGCACAUUUUAUUUUACAUCUUUGUAUUUUUUAUUGUGCAAGUGUGGGCAUCCCGAGACGGUAGUGUUCCGGUUCAAAGCCACCAACUGACACCAGUCUCUGCAGUAACAGAUUGAAAAACUGGAUGUUGAAUCCCCUUUACUAGUUUUUGGAGUUGUAUCUACCACCAGUCAAAAGGUUCAGGAGACAUCCACCAUGGAACUGACUACAGCUGAUAUUCGCUACCCAUUAUUACAAAGAGAAUCACUCAAAAGCAAGAAAAAAAUGUUGAUUUUGUCCAAAGAAUCACUAAAAAGCAGGAAUAAAAGACUGAACAAUAAAAUUUCAAUGCAUUUAAAAUUAUCAAAAAUACUAACCAAAAGUUUGGAUGACAUGAAGGAUAAAAAUGCCAAGCUUACUGAGAAAUUUAAUGUAGCGCUGUUGGAAGAUAAAGAUUACCAGUGCCCAGUUUGUCAUGAACCAUUCAUAGAGCCAGCAUUGCUUAAUUGCUCCCACAUGUUUUGUACUUGGUGCCUUGAAAAUUGUUUAAAGGAAAAUAAUCACUGUCCGUUAUGUCGAGUACCUAUGACCCAUGCUGUACACUGUUUGAGCAUGAAAAAUUUCAUUGAAAAAAGAAUGGAACUCAUGCCAGCUACAAUCAGAUUAGAGCGCAAGAAUUUAGAAGAAGGCCGAAGGGCAAAACAUAUAUUUAAACAAAGCCAAGAAGAAAUUUUUCAACUUUACCUUAGGUAUUCAAGCGAUGCAAGCCAGUCAUCAAAUAAUUAAAGCUGUGAAUUGAUACAUUUAUUUUAAUCCCGCUAUAUUAAUUUGUGCGACAUAUUUUGAAUUAUUACUAUACUUGUAACAAAAUUAGCAAUUUGAUUGCAUCAUCCUUUAUGGUUAAAUAUCAAUAAUAGCAUAUUAGUGGUUGUGGGCCACAUUACAAAAUUGCUUAUAUUUUCUAAGAAUAGGAUUUAAAUUGAUUGUUUAAAUAUGUAUAUAAAAAUUAACUAAGCUUAGUGUGUUAUUGUCUACAAUGUACAAUUUUUGAUAAUAUGUAAUACUUAUAUUUUUAGAAUAUUCAGAAUUCCAAACAAUUUUUUGUAUGUAUAUUUAUAACUAUUUUGAUAAAAUAAUGAAAUAGAGAUAAAAAGUAAAAAUGCGUGUUUUUCUAUAGUGUAAUUACCAAUAUUAAGACUAAAAAUCGCGGAGGACGAGAAAUAAAAAUU